AUGGAUCCAUUUGUUCUCCUUCUUCUUCUUCUUUUUCUCAUGUCUCUGUCCAGUUACCCAUUUAUGCUCAAUGCCCAAUCUCCAACUAUCUCUCGGAUCAGUGUAGUAGGAGUUGUUUAUUGUGAUACAUGCUCAAGCAGCACAGUCUCUAAACAGAGCUACUUCUUGCAAGGUGUUGAGGUUCACAUACAGUGCAGAUUCAGAGCAACCUCACCAAAAACAAACGAAGAGAUAAGCUUCUCGGUGAACAGAAGCACAGACCAAUAUGGAGUAUAUAACUUAGAUAUACCGUCAGUUGAUGGAGUUAACUGCGUGGAUGGUUCAUCAAUUGUGUCACUCUGCGAAGCAAGCUUGAUUGGGAAGAACUCAUCUUCGAGUUGCAAUUGCAAUGUUCCAUUUGUGAAAAGCACAACACGUGAGAUAUCACUCAAAUCAAAACAAGAUAACCUAUGUAUAUACAGCUUGAGUCCUCUGAGUUACACUCCUUCUCAGAAGAACACUACUUUAUGUAGACGUCAGAAAAAUCCCUAG